AUGAUCGUGAGAAAGUAUAUCCCAGAUGUGGCUUUGUACGCAGAAGUACUUUCUAGUCCUCGAGCCGACGCAUUUAUACGAUCAGAUAAAGCUGAAAUGCGAAUACCAUGCCGAUUACAAGCCUUUAUUGGAACGCAUCCGUGUUUUCUGGUAAAAACGCUUAAUGGCAAAUUUUUCGAAGAAGAGUGCUCGAAAAUGUCUCAAUCGUCAUUCUACGACGAGAACAACAAUGCUGUGGGAGCCGAUGCUCAUCCCAAUGAAGGGACUGUACAGGUGCUGAACGGAUCCGACCUAGUCGGCGACCCAGCCCUUCUGCCUCACGUGUGCCUCCCCAGGAAGAAUGCGCAGGAUCGCGUGACGCGAUUAGUCUAUAAGUCCUGCCAAGAAAUCGCGAAGGAUGGGCGGCUUGUCAACGCGAGACCAAGGGAACUGUGGCAGAACAUGGCGGAGCAAGUGCAUUACCAGGAAGGCACCAGUUAG